UGGAUUUCAAACAUAUUAAUUCGAGAAAUUUUACGUAAAAAAAAAAUUAUUAAAAACAACAGUUUAACACCAUCCUUCUCUGCUCAUGGGUAUACCUGUAAUUUCACAUAAAAUCAUUUGAAACCCGUUUACCCAUUUAACUCCGAGAGACCCGUUCGCUUAAUUUUCCCAAAAAUCCCGUGAAACCCGAGCGCGCGCUCUCUCUCUCUCUCGCUCUCGAUCUCUCUCUCGACCUCUAGUGGCCUCUAAUGGCGGAGAAGGUUUCUCAGAAGCCAAGUAUACAUUUCGGCUAGGGCCAAGAUCGAGAUCGGAGUGAGUACCUGGAAAUGGGGGAGAGCCAUAAUGACGUAGAUGACAAUGGCGGCACAAGGACGCUCUUUGAUAUCAUUCACCAGGAGGGAUCCAGCGGCACCAGAAGGCGUGGACUCAAGGAUAACCUCUACGUCGAGCCCUGGCCCCGUGGCAGGACUGGCAAUCGUGCGCCGACGCCACGGGGAGCGCCGGCUCUGGCCCGCAACUUCUCUGCCCGAACUGAUGGCGUACAACCCCAAGAUCCGCCUGUUGAGGAGCCUCCUGCCAGGGAGCCGGUUACGAUUUCUCUGAUGGCGCUUCUGGAGCAAUCGGGGAGGUUUGGAGGUGAUGACGAUGAGGAGUCACCAAUGGCAGAGGAGGAGGGUGAGGAGGGAGGGGGAGAAAUGCAGUGCUGUGUUUGUAUGGUGAGGCACAAGGGCGCAGCAUUCAUUCCUUGCGGCCAUACGUUCUGCCGGCUUUGCUCUCGUGAGCUCUGGGCCAGCCGAGGGAACUGCCCUCUUUGCAAUGGCUUCAUCCUCGAGAUCCUUGACAUCUUUUGACGCCAUUGAUGACCCCGCGAACCUCGAGAUAAGCUCCUCCAAUACCAGUAACUCUCUCUCUCUCUCUCUCUCUUUCUAACUUUUGGAGGUUUUUAUAAUUAAAAAUAUAAUGAGGGACUUGGUUGGAAAAAAAAAACGCUUAUUGUUGUAAUACUUAAAAAUAUGACUGGUUGUUCUGAGAAGGAACUACUUUCCUUUGUUUUUUCUCUAUUUUUGUUGGAAAACAU